AUGUGGACAAAUCAGAUGCAGGAAACAUUGAAUUCUAAGAAGAAGGGUGACGCUGCCUUCCGCCAUAAAGAUUUUAGAGCUGCAAUCGAAUGCUACACACAGGCCAUGGGCUUAAAAAGAGUUGAUAUGAAGAAUUCAUGUGUUUUUGAAAAGGGUGCGGGGAGGUCUGGUGUGUGGGUUGGUUUGCAGUUCAUUGAUGUUGGAACAAUGGUAUCCCCGACAGUUUUUGCUCGACGUAGUCUGUCAUAUCUCAUGAAUGAUAUGCCCCAGGAAGCCCUCAAUGACUCGGUGCAGGCACAAGUUAUAUCCCCUGUUUGGCAUAUUGCAUCCUAUUUACAAGCUGCAGCUCUUUUUGCUUUGGGAAGAGAGAAUGAGGCCCAAAUUGCACUCAAAGAGGGUUCAGUGCUUGAAGAAAAGAGGAAUAAGACUUCCUGA